AUGAUGAACACUCAAAGUUACUGGAAAAACAAAUGGUAUCAGUCGAAGAAUGUUGGCAAGAUCAAGAGGCGACUGGAAGCAGUUAAAAACCCCUGGAUGUCUGCGCCUGAGUUUGACCUGAGCCACAAUGAAAGCAUAAGAUUCGCAACAGAUGCCUUACUGGAUGUUGGCACUGAGGCUUAUGACAACGUGUUGGCUGAAGAAGGAGAAGUGAGCUUCCUAUCUCCUUCAGAAAUACAAUACAUUACUAGUAACCCUAAGGAGCCCCUCCAACCUGAGGAACCCCAAUUAGAAGGGGGUCAAACCAAACCUGGGGCACCAGAUGUCUCUUCAGACCUGACUGGCACUUACUUUCCACUCAACUCAGACAGCAAUGGACCAAUGUUGGAACAAGGUUGGCCAAUGGCAGACAAAAGAUAUUACCUGAAGGGACCCUCAAACAUCAAAGUUUACUUUCAGACUGCAAAAUCGCAGAGCAUCAAAAAUAUUUUACGCUUCUACAUCAGCCAAGCUAUUGAGCUGAUAGCUAUCGUGAUGGACAUAUUCACUGAUGUUGACAUCUUCUGUGAUAUCCUCGAAGCAGCCAACAAACGGGAUGUCGCUGUUUACAUUCUCCUGGAUCAGCACUCCUUACAGUACUUCAUUGAAAUGUGUGAAAAACUCCAGAUAACAACUACCCAUUUAACGAAUAUCGAAAUCAGGCAUGUGUCUGGUGACCUCUACUGUUCAAAAUCUGGAAAAAAAUUUUCAGGCCAAGUUCAGGAAAAGUUUACCAUUAUUGAUUGCUUACAUGUGUUAGCGGGAUCCUACAGUUUUACUUGGUUAUCAGGGCAGGUGCACAGGAAUUUCAUCACUCACUUUUCAGGACACAUUGUUGAAAGCUUUGAUGAAGAAUUCCGCAGGCUGUUUUCUCAGUCCAAGCCAGUAAGUGAAUUCAGUUCAAAGCAAGCGUUGCCUCGCAGCCUUCCAAAAAGCUCACUGAAAACCAGCAGUGGACCAAUAAUCACGUGGCCAGAAAGUCGCAACACCCUUUCAAAUACUUUAAGCAGUCUAUCCAAUUCCAGCCAGCCAUCACUCAACAUCCAUCCCUUUGCCAAAGGUAAGGAUCUUCACAACCAGAAACACAACAGCAGAGCUGCUCCUCAGUACAGACUGUUGUACACACCACUUCUGCAGGAGAGGAACUAUCCCUUCCAAGUUGACGGCCAUCUUAAUGAAAUACCAAAGCCAACUCUAAAUUCUAAUCGUAUCAACACACUAAGAGCUCAGGUGGAGGACCUGCAGAAUGUAUCACGACUAUUACCUUUCAGGCAACAUCACAUGCUGACAGACACUAAACUGUUGUUCAACCUGGAGCGAACCCACAUAGGAAAUUACUCAAUGGAAACCCCAUUCAGACUGAGCAACCUAGCCAAUCAUAAGUACUUCAACAAUAGAUAUGAAAAACACUUGAACCAAUGCAAAUGA